UAUAUAUAAUGAAGGAGUAACUAAUGAAGAUAACAGAAACAAAAAGACACCAAUAUUGUUAUAACAAUUUCAUGAUAUACAUAUGGAGCUCCACCUACCCUCUUUCCCAAUAAUUUUCUCAACCUUAAUUUUUUUGUUUAUGGUGAUCAUCAUCAUAAACAUACUCAAGAAAAGAACUUCUUCAACCCUCCCACCAGGACCAUGGCAACUACCCUUUGUGGGAAACAUGCACAAUCUUUUGGGGUCUUUACCCCACCAUACACUAAGAGACUUAGCCAAAAAAUAUGGGCCAUUUAUGUACCUAAAAUUUGGCCAAGUUCCAACCAUAGUAGUCUCUUCCCAAGAAUUUGCCAAAGAGGUUAUGAGAACUCAUGAUGCCAUCUUUGCCUCAAGACCCAAAACUUUGUACACACAAAUCAUACUAUAUAGCAAUAGUGACAUAGCCUUUGCUCCCUAUGGUGAGUAUUGGAGACAACUUAGAAAACUAUGUAUGCAAGAGCUUUUGAGCAUAGCUAGGGUUCAAUCUUUUAGACACAUAAGAGAAGAAGAGAUGAAUAAUCUCAUGGAAUGGAUUGCCUCAAAUGAUGGGAAGGUUAUAAAUCUUAGUGAAAAGAUUCAAUCAUCAUCAUAUGGCAUCACUUCUAGAUCUGCCUUUGGUAAGAAAAGCAAAGACCAUGAAGAGAUCAUAUCAAUUGUUGAGGAAAGUAUAAAGUUAGCUAGUGGCUUUGAAAUUACAGAUUUUUUUCCUUCUCUUAGUUUUCUUGCUUUGAUUAGUCAUUCAAAGUCAAGAUUGGAAAGUGUGAAGCAAAGGGCUGAGAGGAUUAUUGAAAAUAUCAUCCAAGAACAUAGAGACAAAAAUAUCAAAGCUGGUGAAAGUGGAAUACAUGAAGAUUUUGUAGAUGUUCUUUUGAAGUUUCAUAACAAUGAUGAUGAUAUUGGAUUUUCCUUAACGACUGACAAUGUCAAAGCUGUUAUUUGGGACAUCUUUACUGCAGGAACUGAGACAUCAGCUACAAUUGUAGAUUGGGCAAUGGCAGAAAUGAUAAGAAACCCAAGAGUAAUGAAAAAAGCACAAGAGGAAGUGAGACAAGUGUUUAACAAAAAAGGCAUGGUUGAUGAAACAGGAAUAAGUGAUUUGAAAUACUUGAAAUCAAUAGUGAAAGAAACUCUAAGAUUGCACCCUUCUUCUCCAUUGUUACUCCCAAGAGAAAGUAGAGAGAAGUGUGUUAUCAAUGGCUAUGAGAUACCUAAGAAAACUAGGAUCAUAGUUAAUGCAUGGGCAAUCGGAAGAGAUCCUAAAUAUUGGACUGAGCCCGAGAGUUUUAUGCCCGAAAGAUUUCUUGAUAGCAAUAUUGAUUUCAAGGGGAACAAUUUUGAGUAUAUCCCAUUUGGUGUGGGAAGAAGAAUAUGUCCAGGUAUGUCAUUCGGGCUAAUCAAUGUUGAGCUUCCGCUUGCAUUUUUGUUGUACCAUUUUGAUUGGAAACUUCCCAAAGAAAUAAUGAGCCAUGAAGAUUUGGAUAUGACUGAGUUGUUUGGUAUAUCUGUGAAAAGAAAAGAUCAUCUCCACUUAAUUCCUAUGGCUUAUUAUGAUGUUUCAAGUGUUGAAAGAUCGGAAAGAGAAUGAAAAGUUGGAGCUCUUAUUUAAUAUUUGUUUCUUUGUAACUUAAUGAAAGAAUUCUAGGGUACUCUUUAAAUAAUAAUGUGUGCUUGAGGAAUAAAGUAUUGUGUAAAAAUGAAAAAAAAAAAAAAAAAAAAAAAAAAAAACCCCUAGAUAUCUGUAUAUGUGUAUAUAUAGGCCAAAAAAAAAAAGAAAAAACUUUAAAAUAUUUAAUGUAGAAUUGUAAUCUUGUUUGUUUUAACACAAAUUAAUUUAAAAGAGAUUUU